CGUCAGCGUUCAAAACAAUACUUGAAGUUCCGUCUGUCUGGCGCCUCGUCCUCAUGAAGAUGUCUCAAAAUAAUCCCGACAAAGACGACCAGGCGUCUAGCAACAAAAAGACAAUCUCCCUCCCGAUAUCCAGAGUGAGGUUGAUCAUGAAGAGCUCCCCGGAUGUCUCCAGCAUCAACCAGGACGCUCUUUUCCUCACCACCAAGGCGACAGAGCUGUUUGUCCAGCACCUGGCUCUCUCCUCAUUCAACAACGGAUCCGGAAAGGAAACUAACACCUUGUCCUACAGCGACCUGGCCAACACCGCGGAGGCGACCGAGACUUUCCACUUCCUAACAGAUAUUCUGCCUAAGAAGAUCUUGGCGCGAGAUUACCUCAAGUCAUUGGAGCAAAUGCAAGAAGAGGAUGCUGACUUUUAAAAAGGACACUGCACCGGCUGCAUUUCACGUGUGGACAGAUCAAAUGUACACGUCCUGCCAUGCAAGUGACUGGCAGAGGACGCAGCCUGAAAUUUCUCAGUGCUUCAGAAUACACUGACCGAGUUCAGUUUUAGGGCUUGUGGAAAAAGCCACGCAGGGCUAAUGUGAAAUGAAGACUCAGAGAUCAACUUUAAACACAACAACGCGCAGAGUCUUAGAGAAAACUAGAAGUUGUACUGUAUAUUUAUGAUAAAUAAUUGAUGCCAGCAAGCUAAAUUUGUAUUAAUGGCCUAAACAAAGCAGCCUCAGAUGAAUCAUAAUGCAAUCAUCCCCUGAGUUUUCUGUAGAAUUGAUUACCUCUACAAAGACAAUAUUUUCUUGGUAGGCGAAAAUAGUGUUGUUACACUUGAAUGUUUUUAGGAUUUCAGAGCGAUUUUGCAUGUGGUCAGCAUUCCUAGACUAUCAUUGGAAGGUUUUCUGAUCACAAAGAAUUAUAAAUUUUGUUUUGCUUGUACAGCUAUUAGGAAGAAUGAAUUGGUUUUACUUAACAACUUGCAGGCUUCUCUCACGCUACAGACCAAGAAUCAAUUCCACACACAGCUGGAGCACAGAUGUCUCAGCUCCUGACUUAUUAUUGCCUUUAAAAUAUGAUUCGGUGAACACUCUAUUUUAGAGAAGCUGUCAAACAUCGAUUUCCAAGUGAAAUGUGCUGAUGAUACUGAUUCUGUGUUUUGUUUUUUCAUGUUUGAGUUGUGAGUAGAUAAUCAUAAAUACUUGAAAGUUAUCUAAACUAAUGGAAAGUACAAAUACCUCUGUUUUCCAGCUUAAUUACAAAGCAGCUGAACAUGCUGUGUCUUUUCCAAAUGAAAAUUCACACUCCGCCGAACAGAUGUGAAUAUUUUCGUGUAUAUAACAGCUGACCACCUUUCAAGGAAUCUUCCUCAUAUAUUUGCAAAUUUGUUGUUUAGAUUUGAUAUUGAAAUAAACCAAGUUAAACAAGUCA